AUGUCCGCGGAGCUGGACUUUGUGAAUGGCCUGCCAGUGAACUACCGCUUCGGCGUCAUCGUGUCAUCCAUGAUCGACAGGAUGUACAAGGAGUCUCCCCCAUUGCCGCCGCCAGCCAUGCCACAGGUGCCUUUGCGCUUGGUGAUCACGGGCAAGCCCUUCGCAGGCAAGAAGACGGUUGCCAGAAGGCUCGCCGAGGCCUACAACCUCGAGAUCAUCGACCUGGAUGACACGGUGCGUGAGUGUCUGGCAGCUAGCAAGCCGGACGACUACACCAGGGAUCGAGUGAACGGCGAGUUGCAGGCAGUGGGCGAGGAGCUUCAAAGUCUCCUGGAUGCGGGGGAGGCUGUGCCUGACGAGCUCUAUGUCAAGGUGGUGGUCACAAAGAUUCGGACUCUCUUCGAGGGGCCAGCGCCUGCGGAGCUUGAGGCCGCGGAGUACCUGGAGGCUGAAGUUGUGGCUGAAGAUGCGGAGGCGGGCACAGAUGUCGCGGCAGAGGCUCAGCCAGCGGUCACGGAGGCUGAGGCAGCGGAGGCUGCAGAGGUAGCGGAGGUAGCGGAGGUAGCGGAGGUAGCGGAGGUAGCGGAGGUAGCGGAGGUAGCGGAGGUAGCGGAGGCAGGGCGAGGGGUGAGAGUGGGGGCCGUGCCGGAUGCCGAGGGGGAGGGGAACCGCCGUUCCCCGGGCGCGGAAGCGGAGAUGGAGACGGCACGUACAGAUCUGAACCGGGGCUGGAUCCUGGUUGGCUUCCCGGACGAUGCCAAGCGGCUUGCUCUGCUGGAGCGGUUCCUCUCUGGCUUUGUCCACCCCAAGGCGCGGCCCACGCCCAAGGCGCGGGAGCUGAAGGCGGAGGCCGAGGUCGUCGCCCCGCGGCCCGCGGAGGAAGAGGAGGAGCUGGUGCGACAGCCCGGAGGCUACGACCUGCACUUCCGGCUGCAGCUCCCGCUGGAGGAGUCGGUGCGUAGGGCCUGCGGCCGGCGCAUCGACCCUCUCACGAACCUGGAGUAUCACAUUGAGGAUAUGCCGCCGCCGAACGAGAAGACGGUGAUCUACGAGAGGCUGCAGCCAGCCGAUAGCCUCGAGAAGUCCACCGGCACCCUCACGCAGCGCAUCCACUGCUUCGACGUGGCGCAAACGGAGGUGGACGAGAUCCUGGAGCACUUCGGGCCCUUCGCGGACGUGCCGCGCCUGGUGGAGGUGAACGCGACGGGCUCCAACGAUGAGACCUUCGAGGCAAUUGAGGAGCAGGUGGCUCUCCUUUUGGAGCGGAAGCGCGGCGAGAUCGCCAAGGCGGAGGAGGAGCGAGCCAAGGCAGAGGAAGCCAGGGCAGCGGCCGAGGCCGAGAAGGCGCAAGCGGAGGCUGCCGCGGCGGAGGCCGCGGAGGCCGCGGAGGCCGCGGAUCCCGAGGCGGCGCCCCCGGCGGCGGCGCCGGCGGCGGCGGCGGACGCGGAGGAGGCCACCGACGAGCCGCUCGAGCCUGUGAAGCUCCAGGAGUUGCCUGCAUGCGUGGAGAAGAUUGAAGACCAGGUCUUCGGCCUCCUCAUGGAGGAGUGGCGGGAGCUCCAGGGCGACUUCAUCUCCUCGCUACAGCAGCUCUUCAACUGGCACCGCUGCCACCUGGCCGACUUCCGGAGCGGUCUCUUUGGCAUGAAGCAGCGCUUCGCAGAGUACCUGCAGCGAGUGGAUGGCAAGCAGGCUAUGGUGGACGACUUUGUGCUCAGCUUCAACCUCUUCACCGAGGAGUACCCGGACAUGCGCAAGCAGGAGGCCACCAAGGCGGAGCUGCACUUGAGGGCAGAAGAGCUCCACGAGCGGCUGAAGCAAGAGGUGGAAACCCAGCGGAGCGACAACCUCGCCCAGCUCGAGGUGCUGCAGACCAGCCGCUGGCUGGAGUCCCAGACGGAAGUGCUGGCCUCGCAGGUGCAGCAUGCCGUUCAACUGGAAGUCAAGCGGUACCACGCCUGCUGCCAGCUGCUCUCGGAUUUCUACCACUCUGCGCUGUGCCUGGGCCUGCCGGAGGAGCACGCGCCGCCGCCCAAGGUGGAUGUCUUCGCGCCCGAGGAGCCUGAGGAGCCGGAUCCCAAGGACAAGAAGAAGAAAGACGACAAGAAGAAGCCGAAGGACGCGCCCGAGGAGCCGGUGAUCAGCCCGGAGGAGAAGGCCGCCAUGCGGCUCUGCAAGUUCGUUCCCGGCGAGUCAGAGUCCGAAGGCCGCUGGGAGUUCCCCUUCCUUGCGGACCUCAUGGGGCAAGCGUCUAAAGCUGUUUGGCAGCUGGAGGAUUUCGUCGCUCCCUCCAUCGAGGUUCCAGAAGAGGAGGAAGAGGUCAAAGAUCCCAAGGCAAAAGCGAAGGCCAAAGGCAAAGCGAAGGCCAAGGCGAAAGCAAAGGAGGAAGAGGUCAAGACCGAACCCCCAGCGCCGGCGCCGGCACUCUUCAUCGACUUGCAGCAGGCGCUGCUGGCGGAGCGGGUCACCUUCCAGCACCGCCUGCGGAUGGUGCACGGCUGGGCUCUCCGGAGGCUCCACCAGGCGGCGAGCUCCACUAGGACCACCUACCACCAGCUGAAUGACUGGGUGCUGCUGCGGAGGCACAAAGACUUGGAGGCCGUCGCUAGCCUUGUAGAUGUCAUCAAGGAGCACGUGGAGAGCGAAGGCUUCAUCAAGACCAAGCUGAGCCUGAAGAACGCCCACCUUCACCGCAGGCCCAACACCCUGCUGCGCGCGCCCACCCCGCCGGUGGUGCCGCCCCCAGUGGAGGGCCACGCGCCGUUCCGCUGGAGCAUCGAGCAGCUGGAGAACCUGCUGGAGGUCGUGUCCAACGCCACAGGGGCGCUCUCGCCUGACAUCAGAAUGCUCCCGAGCUACACGAUGCUCGGCAUCUUGCACCAGCUCACGUCGGUCGAGGGCAGCGACAAGCGCACCGUCAGGGUGCCGGCGAAUUGGCGCAACUGCGGCGCGGCGAAGCUCAAGUCCCUGUUGCAGACUUUCGAGCAUCCAUUUUCUUCAAGUUGUGUAGACCUUGUUGACUUCCUCCUGCACAUGUGCCUGCUGCACAGCCCCCUUGGGUGGCCAUCCCUGAACAGCUUGCUGGAGGUUCGGAAGGCCUUGGAGCCCCAGGUGCCUAGAGAUGCCUCGUGGCCGGACUUCUACGUGCCCAUGUCCGAGGUGGAGAAGCUGCCGCUCUUUGACGAGCCCGGCGAGGAGAGCUUCAGCAAGAAGUUCAAGCCCAUCACCUCGGCCGCGCCCGGCGCGUUCGAUCGCUCCAAGGAGCAGCUCCGCUGGGUGGCCAAAGUGCUCCAGCGCUUUCGGGCGCCCAGCCGCGAGUAUGAGGCUUGGACCCUGGAGGCAGCCUGGUACGAUUACCGGGUGCGGCGACACGAGGAGACGGAGCGAUUAGUAGAGAUGCUGGACGACGUGCGAACUACGCCGUCGGACACUCCUCGCCAGCAAGUCGAAGCCAUCCCGGCCCUGCUGGCGCAUGAAGACACCGAAAAGGACCCUGACGACGCCGUCUCCACAGGCGCCUCUUCCUGCUAUCGCCUCAGGCUGCUUGCUGUGGGUGACUACGACGACAUGAAGGCGACCGAUCGCCAGAUCACGGACUCCACCCACGCACCAAUGAGCAGGAACUCCACGGAAGAAGGCAGCACAUCGACACCCGCAGUGCGCAUGGACAACACGGAGGACGAGUACAUGUCGGACGUCUUCGAGGACGCCUCCCCAAGGAACAGGAUCCCACCUUGGGACACCUCCAGGUACGAGAAGCUCCGGGUGUUGCGUGCUGCGUCCAAGCACUGGUCCAGCCAAAUCGAGAUCCACUUCGAUACUCUCCAGCACAGGUGUGUGGCCGUGAAGCGCUUCACGGGCCAGUGGAUCAAAGCCCAGAUGAACCUCCAGGAGGCUCUGAUGCUGGAGCGCGAGGGCCGGCCCGGCAGUGCUUCAGAUGCUUCUGGCGUCUUUCAGGACUACAACACCGGCGAGCUUCUACUGCUGUGCAAAGAGGAGCUGCAGCGGUGCCUCUUCGACGUGUGCGCGGACCUGGGGCCAGUUGGCGCGGAGAGGGAGAGGGAAGCUCUGGAGAUCCUCAGGUCUUUGCUGGCCACGGCGGCGGACUUGGAGCGCCUGGGCGUGGUGCACGGCCGCAUCCGCACGGAGAAUGCUUGGCUGCAGACGCGGGGCGAGAAGCGCGAGGUGCUACUGUCGGACUUCGGCAGCGACGACUCAGGUGGGGAGGAUGAGGCCUUCCGCGCACCUGAGCUGGUGGAGAAUGCGGAAAGGUCCCAUGCUACCGACCUCUUCUCCUGCGGCGUCAUCGGCUAUGCCUUGGCCAUGGGCCGCUACCCCUGGUUCAGCAGCGUGCCGGGGAAGUGCAAGGCCUUCGGCUUCGCAAGGGCCGAGGGCAUCCAGCGGUUCCUGGCCGACCCCCGCUGCGGGGCCUCAAAGGAGGGCCGCAUGUCUGCAGAGUACAAGGAAAUCCUGAGCUGCCUAUUGGACAUGGACCCAAGCCGCCGUCAGCAGAAGUCUAUGUCCAUGACAGCAUCCUUGUCGCGGUCGACCAUUUUGAGCAGCGUCACUCGACUCGAGCGUGGGCCUCACUGCUUGUGA